CCCUCUCAUACAAAAACCCAAACAAGAAGAAGAAACUAAAAGUGGUGGACCUAUUACCGAGCAGUGCUGUGCCAUCCUCGAAAACAAAUUACCAAACUAAGAAAUUAAAAGUCAACGACAAUGUUUUCAUCGAGGACUUGGCUAAUAUGUAGAGUUUGCAUGCAACAAAGAGAUGCGAUGACAAAUUUAUUUACUCAAGUAUCAAAUCAACCGAUAUGGAAUCUGUUAAGAGAUUGCGGGGGAAUUCCAGUGCGUCGAAAAGAUAAUCUCCCUGACCAAAUAUGUGAAGCUUGCUUGCAAAGGCUUUGGAAGGCUCAUGCAUUUCGUUUGGAUUGCCAGAGAGCUCACAGAGAAAUAACCCAAUUGGUUCAACCAAUUUUAGAUAAUGACGAGGAGUUUCUAUCAGAGAACGUAUCAGAGAAGACUGAUAUCUUGGACAAGUUUCAUGCAGAGGUUAUUGACAAAUUUCAAUCUCAAAAUGAUAGUGAAUAUCCAGUUUAUUCGUGUAGCAGCAUAAGUUCCAAUUCAACAAACCCUGAACUUAAAAUACGAUGUGAAAAGUUGCCAAUUACGACAAAUAACUAUAUCGAAGUGAAUGACGAAAAGCUUAAGAGUUGGGUACCCCCAUUAAAGGAAAGCAUGGCAUUGUCAAUUCAAUCGUCCACUAACAAAGACGUAACAAAAUCUAAACGAAGGCGAAGAAAUAGAAAAAAAUUAAAUUCGAAUGAACAGACUGAAAUUUGUAAAAUCUGUGCGAAUGUUUAUCCCAAUGCUGAACUUUUGAGACAUCACAUGUAUGUUCACAAAAAGCCUCAUCUUUGCAACAUUUGUGGCAAAACUUUUAGUCAAAUACAGCAAUACAAGAAUCACAAAAAUUCUCAUAUGGGUAUACGGCCAUAUCAAUGUCGUGUAUGCAGCAAAGAGUUUUCCGAUAUCUCGAAUCGCAAUAAGCAUGAGAAAAAUGUUCACAGUGUCGGUAAAAAUGCAAAAUCUACGGAAUGCUAUAUUUGCAACAAGAAAUAUUGCUCAUUACAAAGUUUGCGAAAGCAUCAUCAGAAUGUGCACAUGAAAUUGAUCACACCAACCAACGAGUUAAAAAAUAUAAGAAAUCUUCCAGCUAUGGGAUCUAUGGACCAGAACGUCGAUGCAACCGAAAGAGAGCUAGCCAACGAUCGCUUCCCCCACAUGGAAUCAUAUGGCUACAAUAACGACGAUGUUAAAAGGCCCAUGCAGACAAUCACGGCAGAAGCCUAAAACAAAUUAAAGUAGUAGUAGUAGUUGUUGUUGUAACAGUUUGUUGUUGUCAAUCCGGUACGUAAAGUAGUAUUAUUUCUUUGUUUCUGAUAUUUGCAUUUUUUCUUGCAAUUUAUUUGUGUGGUUUAUUAUGCAUGGCAAUUUUCCCGAAUUCUUUUUUUCAAAAGCGAUCGGAUCUAUGCACAGGAACCCUCUCUCUCUCUCUCCAAAAGGAUCGCUAUCCCCACAUGAAAGCAUGUAUGUGACUGACAACAACCACAACAACAACUACUUAGUUAUUUAUUUUAUAUGCAUUGUUUAUAUUUUUAAUUAUUCCUUAUAUCAUAUUUAUAAGAAUGAGUUAAGACAAUUUUAUUUUUUAAAUUUUGAAUAUUUUUUCCAUUUUCAUUUCGAUGGACUUUUACAUU